CGCAGGCAUUCAUUCAGGGCGCUUCGCAGAGGAAGCCGGUGAGAGGACAGCCAAGACGCUCGACAAGGCGACGUUUCUUUCUUCAGCAGCUGGAAGACUUUCACUGAUCUGAAAAUCCAAAAAAAACAAGAUGUCUGCACCCAAGGGAGUGUCAAUUGGGAUCGACCUGGGCACCACCUACUCCUGUGUGGGGGUGUUCCAGCAUGGCAAGGUGGAGAUCAUCGCCAACGACCAGGGCAACAGGACCACCCCGAGCUAUGUGGCCUUCACUGACACGGAGAGGCUCAUCGGAGAUGCAGCCAAGAACCAGGUGGCCAUGAACCCCAAUAACACCAUCUUUGAUGCGAAGCGGCUGAUUGGCAGGAAGUACGAAGACCCUGUUGUGCAGUCCGAUAUGAAGCACUGGCCCUUCAAGGUGAUCAGUGAUGGAGGCAAGCCCAAGGUGCAGGUGGAGUACAAAGGAGAGAAUAAGACCUUCUACCCAGAAGAGAUCUCCUCUAUGGUCCUGACUAAGAUGAAGGAGAUUGCCGAGGCGUACCUGGGACAGAAAGUCUCCAAUGCCGUCAUCACCGUUCCUGCCUACUUCAAUGACUCCCAGCGCCAGGCGACCAAAGACGCCGGCGUUAUUGCUGGACUGAAUGUGCUGAGAAUCAUCAAUGAGCCCACAGCAGCUGCCAUCGCUUACGGGCUGGAUAAGGGCAAGAGAGGAGAGCGCAACGUCUUGAUCUUUGACCUGGGUGGCGGCACCUUUGACGUGUCCAUCCUUACCAUCGAGGAUGGGAUCUUUGAGGUCAAGGCCACAGCAGGGGACACACACCUGGGUGGGGAGGACUUUGACAACCGCAUGGUCAACCACUUUGUGGAAGAGUUCAAGAGGAAAUACAAGAAGGACAUCAGCCAGAGCAAAAGAGCACUGAGGAGACUGCGCACCGCAUGUGAGAGAGCCAAGAGAACCCUGUCCUCCAGCUCUCAGGCCAGCAUCGAAAUCGACUCUCUGUAUGAAGGCAUCGACUUCUACACCUCUAUUACCAGGGCUCGUUUUGAGGAGAUGAACUCUGACCUCUUCAGAGGGACCUUGGAGCCGGUUGAGAAGGCACUCAGAGAUGCCAAGAUGGACAAGUCUCAAAUUCAUGACAUCGUCCUUGUUGGAGGCUCCACUCGCAUCCCCAGGAUCCAGAAACUGCUGCAGGACUUCUUCAAUGGCAGGGAGCUGAACAAGAGCAUCAACCCCGAUGAGGCUGUGGCCUAUGGUGCAGCUGUGCAGGCAGCCAUCCUCAUGGGCGACACCUCUGAGAAUGUGCAAGACUUACUGCUGCUGGACGUGGCUCCACUGUCGUUGGGCAUCGAGACUGCAGGAGGAGUCAUGACAGCCCUCAUUAAGCGCAACACUACCAUUCCCACCAAGCAAACCCAGACCUUCACUACUUAUGCAGACAACCAGCCUGGUGUCCUGAUCCAGGUGUAUGAAGGGGAAAGAGCCAUGACCAAGGACAACAACCUUCUGGGCAAGUUUGAGCUGACGGGUAUCCCCCCUGCCCCACGAGGGGUGCCACAGAUCGAGGUGACCUUUGACAUUGACGCCAAUGGCAUUCUGAACGUGUCUGCAGUGGACAAAAGCACUGGCAAAGAGAACAAGAUCACCAUCACCAAUGACAAGGGCCGGCUGAGCAAAGAGGAAAUUGAGAAGAUGGUGCAGGACGCCGAGAGAUACAAAGCAGACGACGAUGCCCAGAGGGAGAAGAUCGCUGCCAAGAAUGCCCUGGAGUCCUACGCCUUCAACAUGAAGAGCAGUGUGGAGGAUGAAAACAUGAAAGGCAAGAUCAGCGAGGAGGACAAGAAGAAGGUCGUCGAGAAAUGCAACCAAACCAUUGCCUGGCUGGAGAACAACCAGCUGGCAGAGAAGGAGGAGUACGAGCACCAGCUGAAAGAGCUGGAGAAAGUGUGCAACCCCAUCAUCACCAAGCUGUACCAGGGAGGGAUGCCAGGAGGCAUGCCAGGAGGAAGCCAGACCCAGGCAGGGUCAGGGCCCACAAUAGAAGAGGUGGAUUAAGAGGACAAGACUGAUCCAUUAAUAAAAAAAAAAUGGACUCUUCAAACAGAGUGCUUUGAGAAUGAUGGGGGGGGGGGGUGUUUGUGUGAGCAUCAUAUGAUUUAGCUGAAUCCAUGUGAAUGUUUGGAUUUCACAUCUCAUAUACUGUCAAAGGCUGGUUGCCAUGCAUAAUUUAAUUUUGGCUAAAACUUCUACUACAUGUUCUGCUGUUUAAUUUUGUGGGAACAAGGGAGUGUGUGGAAGUAGUAUUGAGUAGUAUAGCAGUAGUAUUGUGGUUGGAGAUAAUUUGUCUGCACUUGCUACACUUUUUCCAACAAGUAUUGUUGUUUGCUAUGUUGCCAAAAAGUACUGUUCAGAAAUUCAUAUUCUGUAAAUGUUCUUUUGAUAUUUCUUUAAAUAAAUCUCUUAAAAAUAUAUUUUA